UUAUAUAAAUUCUCGCUGCUGCAAAGAAUAUUCUAGGCGGACAGCGCGUCCACUCGCAUUAUAAGGUCAAAAGAGGGCAACACAUGUUCCCAUAAUCUGGAAGAUUUGGGCCAAUCAAUGUGAUAUGCUUUAUUUAGGGUUCCAAUCUCCGAAUGUUACGAAACACAGGUCAUAAAUUUAUAAAUAGCGUGACUUAUUCAAUAGAGCGUAAAUAAAAAGUCGUGACUUCCGCCAUCCAUGCGACAUGAGAACAAUAGUUACAGGAUUAUCAUUGCGAAGUAAUUGCUUCGUUAAGCGUUAACAGUUUGCGAGUGGACCAAUUUAAAUAAGGUAAUCGUUCCGUGUCAAACAGAGAAACAGUUAAGGUUCGCUGAUUAGCAUUGACAGACCACGCAAAGCUUGUUAAAAUGAACGAAAGCAGUCCUCAGGUAAGGCGACAAAGUCAGGCACGCCGCUACAGCCGAACUCUGUCGGAUGAAAGCGGACAAGGGAGAAACGAAAAUCUGCGUCGAGUGUCAGUGGACAGUUCCCAAAGCAGACAACGUCGUCUUUCGGUGGAGAGUGUGAAGAGCGAGCGCAAAUACUCCCAAGAUGGUGCCUCACGAAACAUUUCUGUCCCUGGCGCAAGACGAAUUUCAGGCGCGUCGUAUUUCAGCAGUUGGAAGAAGCCGGCAGAAACAACCGUGAAAGAUGACAAAAAACGAUGCUUCGAGAAUACAUACCGUAUGGAGCCAAAAAUUCGUUUUCCUGAAGGAAAGGUCCGAGCAGUGAUCAAAGAGGCUUUGGAGACGUUAGCUUCACACACGUAUAGCGCUAAUCACUCUCCGUUUGUUGCCAAAUUGCUGAGCGCUCGCGUGUUGGAAAACGUUAAACAGCUAAAUAUUGAGCGAUACAAAGUGGUUUGCCUGGUUACUAUAGGAUCCAAGGAGAGGCAAGGACUGAGGAUAGCGAGUCGCUGUUUGUGGAAUGAUCAGUUUGAUACGUAUGUUACCGCUUGCUUUGAAGAAGAACACUUCUUUGCUGUAGGAACUGUAUAUGGCGUUUAUUACGAGUAACAAAAGAGCCAUGUUUUGGAGAUAAACACCCAGGAAAAACACCCGGUGUUUUGCAAUCGGUGCUGUACUAUCUGUUAUCAGGAAAUUCAACACUGUUAUCUGAUGAGUUGUUUUGAGAAUUCGUCUUCUUUCACUACAACGAUUGACCUCAAACACAAACAUCGAUCUAUUGUAAACUUCUCAUUGCACUUUCAUCCACUUUUUCCCACAAAUGAAUCAUACGGAGUCGGGAGAAUCUACCGUUCCAUCCGUCACCUUGGGAACCAGCAAAACAGUUCAAAGUGAAGUAACUCGAUCUUGGUAAGAAGAUUGUGAAAUUCAACCUUAACCUGACAUUUUUUUAAAAUGCUUUUAUUAUUCGCUUGCUUAUGGUUUUUAUAUUGCUAGCCAUGUGUUAUUAAAGCGAGAAUAAACAUCUUUAGCUUGUAUAGUUACAGGAAGAUAAUUGUUCGACAAUGGCCGCUCACAGCAGGGCGAAGUCUGUGAUAAUUACUGUAUAAUCACUGUGCGGGCAUUCAAAAGAAUUAUUAAACAAGGUUACGGGUUUUAUCCACGUCGGCAACUUAACACCUUUGUCGAUACGUUGUUAUUGAUCACGAACGUAUUAAAAGACAACAUUAUUUCUAAUCUGUAAACAAACAUGUGUUAAGCCUGGCGUUGUCAAGGUCAGUUCAUUUCGAUGAGUUGAACAAUUACAUCGAAGUUUGAUAAUAUUAGCGUGAGAGAAAUACUCAGAAAUAUUUUUUUUCGUAGUCUAAGUUAUUUGUUAACGAUUGCUUGUUAGCCUUGGCUCUCUUUUUGGGAGUGUUAGUGUGCAAUAAAAAACAAAAAACAAAAACAAAAAACUGGCACAGUGGACAAGGGAAUCAUCAAAAUGUUUCAAUUCAAUUUAAGCCAAAAGCCUAAAGGCUAACCGGUCGUGUGAAUAAUGUAUGGAUGGGCGUAAUCCCAAAAUAAAUAUUUCACAAGAAAUGAAUAUGUCAGGCAAUAACCAUUGUUUAUUAUAUGGCUGAUGUUUGUAGCUGAUAUAGCGCGCGCUCUGAUUGGCUACUGGAAAGGCGGGAUUUUGCCGUAGUUGCUCACGGGCAUCUCGAGUUAUUGUUUAUGGCCCUACUAAAAAAGGACCAAAAGAUAACUGGAAAAUGUUACGGUUUUAACGAAAGUGCACCAGCUGAAAAAAAAAAAUGAGUGGCAACAAACGCUCUGAGAGUGAAUUAUUAUAUUCCACGUUAAAACGAAGUUUAAUUUGUAACAUGCGACUUCGACCGAUUUGUGGCCCUUAGAUUCCACUAGGAUAAUAUUUCAUUCUCUCAAAAUCAAAUCGCAAAAUUUCAGUUUUGACUUCCAUUUUCAAAAUGAACGAAUUUUUGGACGGAAUAUGAAAAUCAU